AUGGCUGAAGAAUUUUACAAGAAAUUGUUGGAGGAGCAACGUGUCUUCACAAUGAACGUUCUAAAGGAGCAGAAGGCGUGGAUGGACAACUUUGCGAAACGGUCUCCAGGUCAAGAUAGCACUCCCGUUCCAGCAUUUGUUCAAUUCAACAGUCAACACCAGAAAUGGGACUCAUACUUGGAGCAACUAAAACAACACUUCUCUGCUUACGCGGUAAUUGACGCCAACAAGCAGAAAUCAUUUUUCUUAUCUUGGUUGGGCAGUGACGCAUACGAAACCCUCAAAAAGCUUGUCGGCGUUGACGAGUUACAGAAGCAAACAUUUAAUGAGCUUUCUGCAAAACUAACAGAGUUUUAUAAGGAAAAGGUUCAUGUAGUUGCAGCUCGUUAUGAAUUUCAUAAGGCUGAAAUGGGUAAUCGUACAUAUAAAGAAUGGAUUGCCGAACUACGAAGCAUAGCCCGGCAAUGUGAUUUUGUUUGUAAAAAAGAAAAUUGUCUACAUGAUUUUUCAGACGAUAUGAUUAGGGACAAAUUAAUUUUGAAGUCACCGCAUGAUGCAGUUCGUACAGCUGCAUUACAAAAACAACAACCAACAUUGGCAGAAGUUCAGCUAAUCGCUGAGUCAUUUGAAACAACAACGAAAACAGUAAGUACAAUCAAAGACAGAACGGACACUGCAAAUGCAAUAGACAGCAACGGAAUUUAUUCGAUGACAACGAAAAACACAGAAAAAUUUAGCAUGCGUAACAAAAACAAAAAGAACCAAAAAUCAAAAUACCGUUCAUGCACAGGUUGUGGAGUUUCACAUAAUCGUGAUGAUUGCAAAUUUAGAAGCGCUGUUUGCAGAGGCUGCGGUAAAACAGGCCAUAUCAUAGCUGUGUGUUUAUCGAAUGGAAAAAAGCAGGAACAAAAGCAGAAUAAAGGGAGUAAAAACAUCAAAGGUGAGAAAGGUGACAAAAUAGAUUACAUUUCAACGGCAUUUUCGGUAGCUAGCGCAGCUAGCAACAAAAGUAAGAAACAGUUUGUUCAAAUUGUGGUCAAUGGAAAAGAGACUCGGUUUCAAAUGGAUUCGGGCGCGGAAGUCUCAGUUAUAACACUAGACACUUACGAAAUGUUAAAUAAACCGCCAGUAAAGCAAUGCUCGCGUGUACUAUAUGGGUACGGUCAUACGCAAAUAGAAACUUUAGGAGAAAUCGCUGCCAAAAUACAAUACGGGUCAGUAGAAAAAAUACUGCCUCUUGUUGUUUCUAACGUGCGUGGUUCAAACAAUCUAUUGGGCGUAGAUUUAUUUGAACAAUUAGGCUUUAAAAUUGUGCAAGUUGAUAGCGUGACCGCCAAGUCGAACGCAAAAUUACAUACAAUUUUGUCCACCUUCGCGGACGUGUUUACUCCAGCACUUGGUACAAUGAAGUCAGUCAAAGCCUCGAUCAGACUUAAGGAGAAUGCAGUGCCUAAGUUCAUUAAAAGUAGGCCAAUUCCUUUUGCUCAAUUACCAAAAUUUAAAGAUGAAGCUCAAAGGUUAUCACAAGCAGGUAUUUGGAAACAAAUAACUUUCAGCGACUGGGCAUCCCCCAUCGUCCUAGCAACAAAAGCGGACGGAUCGAUACGCAUCUGUGGAGAUUUUAAAAAAGGUGUUAACCAGCAGAUUGAUGUAGAUCAAUAUCCUCUACCGACAAGAGAGUGCCUAUUGCAUACCAUUCGAUACGGUAAAUAUUUUUCUAAAAUAGACUUGCGUGAUGCAUACCUACAAAUGGAGCUCGAUGAAGAUUCCAAAAAAGUGCUGGUGGUCAACACACCGCUCGGUUUAUUUCAAUACCAGCGAUUACCGUAUGGGGUAGCAAGCGCGCCAGCCAUGUUUCAGAAACAUCUCGAGCAACUAUUAUGUGGAGUCGACGGAUGUGCAAAUUAUAUUGAUGACAUCAUUGUGGCCGGUGCGAGUGAACAAGAACAUAUUGAACGCUUAGCCAAAGUUCUGCAUAUACUCCAAUCCGCGGGCAUAAGAUGCAAAAAGGAAAAAUGCGAGUUCCUAAAAACAAAAUUAACUUACUUGGGGCGUGAAAUAAGCGCAGAUGGCAUUCUGCCCGACGAAUCUGGUAUUCAAGCAGUGAAGAACUUACGACGGCCCAAAACCUUGAAGGAGCUUGAGGCUUUUAUGGGUAAAAUAAACUAUUACCACAAUUUUAUUCCGAAUUACUCUCAACUCGCAGCACCCAUGAACAAAUUGAGGCGAAAGGGGGUGUCAUUUCAGUGGAAGUUCGAACAAGAAAACGCGUUCAAUUUGCUAAAGCAGCACAUCAUUAAAGCUACGAUGUUGGCUCAUUUUCGAGAAGACUUACCUAUAGUCGUGGCCACUGAUGCAUCAUCGUAUGGGGUGGGAGCCGUGCUUUCACACAUCAACCCAGACGGGACUGAGCAGCCGAUCGCCUUUGCCUCCAAAACACUCAACCGACACCAGGAGAACUACAGCCAAAUCGAAAAGGAGGGCUUGGCGAUAAUAUUCGGAGUUAAAAAAUUUCACCAGUUUUUAUACGGGCGGAAGUUUACGCUGAUCACGGAUCACAAACCGUUAGUCAGCAUAUUUAGUCCCGAUAAAAACCUCCCAACAAUGACGGCUCAACGUAUCCAGCGAUGGGCUAUUACGCUCAUGGGGUACCAAUUUCAAAUAAAAUAUCGCAAAACAACAAAUCACGCAAACGCUGACGCAUUAUCGAGGUUACCAUCGGGUCCAGAUGAAGACUUCGACAAUGGUGAAAUUAACCAACUUGUCGCUAUACAAACGCCAAUUGAUAUUGAGGUCAUACGGAAAAGCACCAACAGUGACAAAAUACUUCAAAGAGUUAAAAAAUAUAUUCAGAAAGGAUGGCCGCAUAAGUUGAGUCCAAACGACCAGGAUCUCCGGCCAUAUUUCAAUCGUAAGUUGUCCUUGAUUACUCAAAAUGACUUGAUUUUAUUACAGCGUGAUGUCGCACGGGUUACUAUUCCAUACUCAUUACGUGAUCAAGUUUUGCGUCGGCUUCAUGAUGGACAUUGGGGUGUGGUAAAAAUGAAACAACUAGCACGACAACAUUGUUGGUGGGAUGGCAUCGAUAAUGAUAUAGCGAGAAUAGCAGCUGGAUGCGAAAACUGCAAACUAGCGGGUCCAAGUGAUCGGCGGGAAUAUUCAAGCUGGCCUGAACCACAAGCACCUUGGCAGAGGGUUCACAUUGAUUUUGCUGGUCCGGUAUUUGGUUCUAUGUGGCUUCUGUGCAUAGACGCGUUCUCGCAAUUUCCAUUCGUUUACAAACUAGCAAAUACAACGACGGAAUCAACGAUUUUCGCAUUAACCACCCUUUUUGCUAGUGAGGGUUUGCCAGAAACUAUAGUAAGUGACAAUGGCCCACAACUUACGGCCGAUGCGUUCAAAACAUUCUGUCACCAAAAUGCUAUUAAGCACAUCACGAUUGCACCGUUUCACCCACCUUCUAAUGGACUGGCUGAAAGAUUUGUGCGUACUUUUAAAACAGCUGUAAAAAAGAACAUAGAUGACGGCUUGCAAGUAAACGAAUCGGUUCUUAAAUUUCUUUCAUCCUAUCGCACUAUGCCAAACGCAAAAGGCAUAUCACCAGCACAUCUUUUACAUGGUCGUCCUGCACGUACUCUCUUUUCGCAAAUGUUUUCAGUGGAAAAUGACAAAAAUGACUUUAAACAAACUUCAAUCAAAUUUUCACCUAACGAAAGUGUCUACAUUCGCAACUACGGCCGCGGAGAAAAAUGGUUAAAAGGGGUCGUGGACAGACAUCUUGGGAAAGUCAUGUACGUAGUAAGAACUAGUAUGGGCUACUUUAAACGACAUCAAAAUCAAAUGAAAUUUCGCCUUGUGAACGACGCAAAACCAGUUGAAGACAGCAGAGGAAAAACUGAUUCAGUUACCAAUAUAUUGCUACCUGAUACUAUGGUGGAUACUGCUAAUGAGCAUUCUCAGGAACAACCAAGAAGUCCACUAGAAGUGCGUCGAAGUGGCCGUAUUCGUAGAUCGGUACACCGCUACCAAGCUGAAGAUUUUCGCAAUUAA